GCCACCAAAUCUCCCUGUCAUUCCCAAUUCUCAUCAUCAGAGGCGUCUGUCCAUCCCUGCCCAGUACCGGGGUCUCUCGGGGUAUCCUCGCUAGCCCAAUCACAGCCGCACAGAACUCACCCAGCCACCUCCACAGCCGGCAAUAUCCUUCUCGGUAAAUUGGCAGUCACCCCAGUUCAUUAUUGUCCUACCUUUACAAUUCAAACCUUGCCAACCUCCCGCACUCCCACUCUUCUCCUCUCUUUUUUUCUCUUCCUAGAUAUACCGAACCCCCCGCCUGGUCUCGUCUCGUCUCGUCUCCCCCGUAUUCUUGAUCCCACACUACACCCUAUUCUUCACUCCGUCCAGCGACUGCAGACGAGCGCCGAGGAACCCUCGUUGACCAGUGUCUCACAGUCCCCAUUUGUCAUCCUCCGACGCACGGGAGUUCCAGUGUACUUUCCUUUUCGACCCGUGAUUUUCGUUUCCUAGCUGGCUUGGAACGCUCGAAAGAUCCAAGACAUUACCCGCCGCUCGGCGCCGGAACCCAGGCCUACUGCAACCACCCAAGUCAGUCCUGGAUCUCUUGUCUCACUCUCAUGUCUUAUUCUACUACCUCGCGAGACACCAACAAAGCUGCCCGUCUAUACCAGCCGUCCGAGCCCGAAGCCGGCACGUCGCGCGCAGCCCAUCCAUACUACGUCCCCCGUUCCCAGGCGCCCAUCAACCCCAGCACCAUCCCGCCCUCCCCCUCCUUCUCCCUCUCGCCAGAGAUGCCCUCCACAGCCGCCCACUCGUCCUAUUCAUCCCCUCUCUACUCGUCUCGCCAGAGUUAUGCCGAGUCGUCUCAACCUCAGUACGGAUUGAGCUCGUCAGCCAUUUUCCCGCCCGACUUCGCACGCGUAGCCCCACCCCCAUCUACACUGGUAUCAAAAGGUAGCUAUGUUACCAUCCACCGCUGGGGACCGUCCCGCGGGACACCAGGCUCGUUUGUAAGCGUGACGUGCGAUGUCGACGUCCAAAACCCACCACUGAACGCCGGUCAUCCCGCGACUCCGCCUCCAUCCGCAGGCGGCCGAGGCACAAGAACCCUCCGGUUACUAUUUGACAACCAUCCAGUACAGACGAGUGCACAGGUGAUGCAGCCGGAAGGGUAUAGGGCGUCCUGUAUGCUCGAAGCGACGGUGCCGAGUUUGGCAGCGAUGGGGCGGUCGCCAGAGGGGACGGGCGCGCAGGCUGUACCAGUGACGAUCCAGGUAUUGAGUGAUGACGCGCAGGUGUUGGAGACGGUGCCGUUAGGCCAGUUUACAUAUGCUUCGGAUGCAAACCUCGCGCGGAAACGGAGCGGUGAACCGCUUGAAUCAACUCGACGUUCGCCGACGGAAUCACCUUUUCAACGCCGCCCAUCGGGUUACAUCUCUUCCCCUGAGAGCAAGCAGUACGACCCGAUAACAUCAUGGAGCGGUGCUAGUAAAUCGCACAACAGACUGAACGACGCGCCAUCGAGACCAUCUUUUCAAAGCCCCUACAGCUCGACAUCUACCAUGGGUUCGAGCUCGCAUUCGAAUAGACCAUCGAGCUCUUCCUCUUCCAUGUCCCAACCAAGCUUUAUGCGUGCUACGCAGGUGAUUGGAGGCGCGCCGUUGAAUGCGGCAAACACGCCUUACGUCAGUACGGGGCAAAAGGCCAUUCUAAAUGUGACGGGUGAUCUCACGGGUGUGGCCAAGGGAUGGAAUAGCGAAGAAUGGUCAGCACGUCGGCGACUGGUACAAUUCUGGCGCCGACAAGAAGGAACCACCAUCCACGCCCAAUUCCAGGUCGUAGCCCAGGCAGAAUGGGCAUCCAUCCAAUCUUCCAUCGUCGUCUCUUGCAUUUUCUGGGAAGAAAAAAAUGCCUGCUUCAUAUCGUCUGUCGAUAUCAUCUAUCUCCUCGAAGCGCUUGUCGGGACGCAUUUCACGGUAGAAGAAAAAAAUCGGAUCAGGCGUAAUCUCGAAGGCUUCAAACCCAUCACUGUCGACAAGAGCAAACCUGAUACCGCCAAGUUUUUCAAGCAAAUCAUGAACUUGCCUAAUCCGAGACCGCGCAAUAUCGAAAAGAAUGUCAAGGUGUAUGCGUGGGAUUGCCUGGAAGUGGCGUUGCAGAAGAUUAUCUCGAAAUACUCGGCCAGCUUUCCCGCAAACCAAGUGGAAGGCAUGACGUCUAGUGGCGCACCGUACCGAGUCCCACAACCAUCCGACCCGGCUUCACCCCUGAUGAAGGUGUAUGACCCCCUAUCGACAUCGUCCCAGUACUCCGCGCCGCCCAGCUCGCACCCGGGUGCAGAGUCGCUAUACAGCGGUCAGGCAAGGUACUCACAAUUACCAAGCUCCAGGCCGCAAAGCAGCUCUUCCUCCACCACCCAGGUGCUGUCCAACGGCGACCUCUCCCGGCCCAGUACCGCAGGCGACCACAUGGGCGCUCCAGGCCAGAGUUCCGGGCCGAGCAGCAGUCGACCGGGUAACAGCGGUAUCGGGUUAUACUUUGACAUGCCUCAAGGGUAUCCCCAGCAACAGAGCGGGCAAUAUCACAUGGGCAGUCUUUCAGGCAAUAUGGACGUUCCGCCCAGUACACCCAUGUCCAGUGCGCAGAUGGGAGGCAUGUACGCCAUGCCUCCACCGCAUAGUCAACCUCCUUAUACUGCUGCUCCGCAACAUCAGUACCCUGCGCCUACGCUCUCGCAGACGCAGCAUAUGGAGGGGUAUCCUCGACAAGGCGAUAUGGGCAUGUUUUAUCCGUCUUUCGGAUCAGAUGGGCAGGAGAUUCCGCCGCCAUCAUCUUAUGGGUACCUGAACAGGGAUGGGCGAUUGGACAAGUGAGGCGUCGGCAGUGUCGAGAGAAGAGCAACCUCAGUCCGCUACAUUCGUGUAAUGGGUUGCAUGAGAAGCUCGACAGUCAUAUUUGUAUCAUCCUGGCAUUGUUUCGUAGCAUAUCGUUCCGUUUUCCGUUUUCCGUCGGUUUUUGGGUUUCUGUUCACUCUCGUGCAGAUACGGCAUUGACAUUCCCAGCAUUUUUUUAGAAAAAAGUAUAUACACGCAUUAGUCAGACAGCACGGGGGAUUGAGGGGCUUGAUUUAUCCAUUCAACUAUCACGCCCAUCCCCGUCAGGUUCGAUGAGCAGCUGUCGGGGCCAUGCAUCAUUUUGCAGC